UUGUUUGACAGUUUCGCGAUUUAUUUAUCUCACAACAAAUAUAAAAGAAAGUGAUCAUUUUGUGAAUUUUGAUCCACUACUUUUUAAGUAUUCCAAUAACAAAUAUACGGAAGCAUUUAUUACUAGCGGAUUAUUAACGAGUAAGGAUAAAUGAUUUUGAUAUAUUCAGACAUAUGUUGCUUCGUAAAACAAUUUUGCUGCAAGGUGUAAUAGUGAGAGUAAUGUAAAAACCAAAAUAACAUAGAUUGGAGUAUCACAAAAUAAUCCAAACUAAGACAGGAACAAUGAGUACUGGAGGACCACAAGUUGCAAACAACUUGCCGCCUGGAGUAAAUCCAGAAAACAAUUUUUUACCAGGCGGGCCAGUUAUCAAUGCAGGAAUGAAUCGAAAUCGUAACAAUAAUCAAAAUCCACUGUUCAAUGUCAGAGAAAGAUUAUUUCAUGCAUUAUUCUUCAAGUUUGCCGUUGCCUAUGCACGGACAUUUCCAAGGCCAGUACGAAGAUUCUUUGAAUUUCUUGUACUCCUAAAAGCAAUAUUAGCCUUUUUUGUGCUAGCUUACAUACAUAUAGCAUUUUCAAGGACACCUACGACAUGUUUGAACCAUGUGAAAGAUUCUUGGCCCAGAGAUGGUAUACUGAGAGUUGAAAUACUAAGAAAUCCUUCAGAAGAUUAUUCUAUUGAACAAAGCUAUGCAAAAGAACGUAAAUUAAAGAAAGAUAAAGAAGAGCUUAAUUCUAUGCUGGGGAUGUUAGCUACUGAAGGUUUUGUCAAUAUUGAAUCAUCAACUAGCGAUGACAUAGAAGAUGAUGAUUACAUACGAGAUGGAACAGAUUAUGGGAACAUUACUAGAAUACAUGAGGACGAGGAUACUUCCCAAGGAAUUGUAGAAACUUCAUAUGUUGACAAAACAGAGGAUGUGAAUGAAGAACUUGAUCUUAAUACAACUAUAGUUUCUGGAGAAGAUGUUGAGCCUUCUUCCUCCAUAUGGGAAGGGAUUCUGGGUCUAGUGGAAGAUAUAGACAAGGAUUCUAAACUAAUUGAUGAAUCUCUAGAUGAGUCAGCCGCCAAUGAGUCUUCAAAAGAUGACGACUACAUACUCGAGUACUCCCUCGAGUACGGCUUCCUCCGGCUGUCGCCGAGCGCCCGACUCCGCCUCAAGAUACCCGUGAAGAUCGUAACGUUGGACCCCCAGCGCGAUCAGUGCUUCGGAGAUUCCUUCUCCCGCUUCGUCCUCGACGAGUUCCUCGGCUAUGACGAUCUGCUGAUGGCCUCGAUAAAGACCCUCGCUGAACAAGAAGAUAACAAGGGGUAUUUGAGGAACGUGAUCACCGGCGAGCAUUACCGUUUUGUUUCGAUGUUGACGGCCCGCAGCUCAUACGUAGCGGCUUUCUUUAUUAUGCUCGUAUUCACCGUCUCCAUAUCGAUGUUGCUGCGUUACGCCCAUCAUCAAAUCUUCGUGUUUAUUGUCGAUCUCCUGCAGAUGUUGGAAUUCAACGUGACGGUGUCGUUUCCGGCCGCGCCGCUUCUGACCGUCAUUCUGGCUUUAGUUGGAAUGGAAGCCAUAAUGUCAGAGUUUUUCAACGAUACCACAACAGCAUUUUACAUCAUCUUGAUCGUUUGGAUUGCUGAUCAGUACGACGCGAUCUGCUGUCACACCGCCAUAGCGAAACGGCAUUGGCUAAGGUUUUUCUAUCUAUAUCACUUCUCAUUCUACGCAUACCACUACCGGUUCAACGGGCAAUACAGCAGUCUGGCUCUUGUUACGUCGUGGCUUUUUAUACAGCAUUCUAUGUUGUAUUUCUUCCACCACUACGAGUUGCCUGUAAUACUACAGCAAGCACAACUGCAGCAGUUACUCUGGCGCACGCAUGCUCGUGGUAUGGCUGGAAUGAUGGGCUUAGCUGGGAUUGCUGCGAUGGCCAGUGGUGCCGCUUACCACGAUGCUCCCAGUACAGCAAUACAAGCAACGCCUCCUACCACACAGUCGACUACACAAACUGUACAAAACACAGCUCAGUCUACGACACAGACAACACCGUCUGUUUCCACAGUACAGACAAACACCACUCAAACUGGGGAUAUGUCAAAUAAUUCAACAGAAAAUGGUGCUUCAGAAAUAGGCAACACAAACAGAGCUUUAGAUAACAGUAAUACAGAUACAACAUCCGUUGGGGUUAUAUAUAAUACUCCAAACGGAGACAGAACCCUCAAGAUAGAAGAAAUUGCCAGAAAAAACGGCGAUACAGACAAAGCAAUUAGUAAUUCUAAUCCUGGGAAUUCCAUACCAAGCGGAACUACAAAUAGAGAAAACGUAGCGAAUAAUGUUGAAACUACGAUUCUUGAUCUAAGACGAAAAGAUAAUACGAAUAACACUGAACCGCCUCCGCUUAUGACGGACCCACAGGUAUUCCGGGAGAGAGUAGCUCCAUUUCGUGAGGCUGACGAUUUAGAUUAGUAUUAAUUUAUUUUAACAUGCAUUAAACACAUUGUCAAGUCCAUAUUACCGCUUUUGUAAGUAAUUAUUACGUCGCUGAUUAAAUACUUAAUAAAUUUUAGAUGUAAUAUAUAACAUUUAAGAACCUCAAUUUCUCUGUCCUAUAAUUUAAAAAUAUUAUUUUAGUGAAAACAGAAACAAACUCCCAACAAUGUUGUUCUUUAUGUUUUAGUUGGAAACUGUGCAAGGUGAUUGUAGAUUUUAAGAUAAUAUUCAGCCAGACUUAUAAUAAUGUAAAUAGCAAUCUUUUUAAAUUGGUGUUACUUUCUUGUGUUACGGAAUUCAGAUUUUUAUUUUGCUUAGCGAUUGAUGUCGCAUGCUGGAUAUUAUAAGUGAUAGUUUAUAGAAAUAAACUAUUGUGAGUAAAA